AUGACUCCGAGUACCAACACCCUCGAGACCGUUGACUCAAACCCACCAAAGAAAGUCUCGUACCUUAUAUCCCUUCCGGCAGAGCUACGCAACAUAAUUUACAACUUCACAUUUCCCACCACAUCAUCACUAGUCUACAAAACUCCAAGUCGGUACGAAAAAAGAGGAAUACUCUAUGAGGCCAAUAUAGUAAAUUGUAGUAACACCCAAGCCAAAGAAUACAAUCAACUCAAGUACGCCAAUCGCCAGCUAUACAAGGAAACAGCAGAUCUAGAGCUCAUACAUAACGAAAUCACAUUCCAGCAAAACUUUGAUUGGGAUGAUACACCAGUCGAGCAGCUAUACUCGUUCACGAACACGCUCUUAGCGCGAAAGCUUCAUUGGCUAACGCGCAUUGUUCUGAGACCAUCUGUAUACUCACUAUACAUGAAAGACGACCAUACAAACCUUGUGGAGGCCAUUGACAGUUGGGAGAAGGUUGCAUGCCGCUUCGAAGCGUAUCCGCAGCUCGCAGUCAAAUAUGUUCUUUCAACAUUCCAAUCCUCCCAUGCUACAAGCGCUGGUUACAUUGAAAAUGCAGAAAGUUUCAUCUUGUCUGGCAUUGAAAUAGCUAUGGCGAUACGAAAAUAUGAUCCGUCGUACGCCCUGAGCCCUCCUCGCUUUAUUCCCUGGAAAGAUCAACUCCGCUGGGACGAGACGAUAGAGUUGGAGAGGCGACUGCCCAACUUUCGCAUAUUCCCAAAUCAGACCGAAAUUGGCCAAAAUUGGAUCCUCUUCGCGGCUAAGCAGCUCUGUGACACACACGAAUCGGGGCAUUCGUUAUGCAGGUGGAUUCUGCUUGCGAAAGAGUGGAUAGAGAGGGGGAUCUGA